UUAGGAAAAAAAGUGGCAUCAUAAAAUUAAGAAAAGAAUUGUUACUUGUAAUUGGCGCAUUGGAUAAAGCGAGGGAAGUUAUGAGACGAAAAAAUACAUCAUUGAAAUUAAAUAAGGCAAAAGAUAAAAAUAAUAAUAAUAAUUAUAAUAAUAGUUUUGUUAAAAGUAAUAAUGCAAAAAAAUUUAAUCGUAGAACAAAGAAGACAAGAUAG